AUGCCGCCUAUGUCGUUCAAGGGUUUGGUCACGAAAGUUGGGUUCAUGAAGAAAACCGCGACGGUGACGGUGACGCGGAUCGAGCCUCAUCCCCGUACAGGCAAGCUGCUGGAAAGGAGCAAGAAGUUCCUCACUCACGAUGAGCACGACCAGCUACGGCACGGAGACAUGGUGCUCAUCCGGAAUUGCCCACCGAUCUCUGCGCGCAAACGUUUCAUACUGGAGGAGAUUAUCAAAAGCCCGGAGGGCGAGCGCGAGAAGGCACAUGCCAAAAUCUCUCAGCGGGAGGACGAAAGCUCUCAGCGUGAGACCGCAGCAAAUGCUGCCGCA